GCCGUGUCUCACGCCGCGGACGCCGCACGCCGCCGGACCGAACCUCCCGCACUUGCACGUACACGUGUUGUGAAUACCAUUCAGUGUGUGACAGUGUGAUGAUACUUUAAAAUUGGUAAAUACCAUGACUGCAAGUGCUUUCCGUCCAGUGUAACGUGAAGUGCAGCGUCGAGAAAGCAAUAAAACAUGCAAGACGUGACUGUGCACUAGUAAACUAUCUGUGAUGUGAAAAUGAAUAGUUGGCAUUUGUUUUAAGUGUAAAACUUGACGAUGUGGAUAAAGUUUAGGUAACGGAGCUAAGCUUUGAGUGUAAUAAAAGUGUAAUACAAUGCGGGGUUUGUGCGAGUAGGGGUGGUUUUAGGAUGUGGUGCCGAAGCGUGUGACAGCACGCACUGGGCGAGCGUCGAAUGCGGCGUGGCAGUGUAUACAGCGUCAGCGAGGGAGUGGAGAGGUGUGCCUGUGCCAGGUAGCGAGUGCGCGGGCGCGGGUGCGGGUGCAGCCAUGGCCGGCUGAUGGAGGCGGGCUGGUGGUCGCCGUCGCCGUCGGCCUCGCCGCCGCCGCCACCCCGCGCCCCGCCGCCGCGCUGCCGAUGUAGACCGCUUUCUACCAGCUACACCUGCCUGCCGCACUAUGCUGAGACAAAUGGCUGGGCGACCGGCAUGGAAGGCGAGGAGGAAUCAACGGUGGGCGCGCUGCGCGAGCGAGAGCUGCGGUCUCUGCAUCGCACCGUGCCCGCGCUGCGCCGCCGCGAGCUCGACACGAGGGCCAUCAAACACCACUUCUACCCGGAGGGGGGCUGGGGAUGGAUCGUAUGCGGCGCAGCAUUCUUGGCGCACCUCCUGUCCACGGGGCUGCAGCUAGCGUAUGGCGCGCUGCACGUCUACGCCCUCAAACAUCUAGGCCCCACCGCCGACCACGCUGUAUGGGCAGGAGCAAUAUGCUUGGGAGUGUCCCGUGCCGCCGGGGCCAUGGUUGCGGGCCGCCGUCGAUCGCCGCGGCUAGCCGCACUGCUGGGCGGUCUGCUGUUGCCGCUUGCCUGUCUAUUCACCUCCUUCGCCACGCAGUUGCACCAGACUAUGCUUAGCUACGGAGUGGUGCUCGGUAUCGGAUGUGGACUAGUGAGGGAGGCAGCUGGCUUAGUGCUCGGAGCGUACUUCCGACGGCGUCGGCAGUUCGUGGAGCUAGUGGCACACGCAGGCGGCGGCGUCGGCAUUGCACUCUUCAGUGUCGCGUAUAAGGAGGCAGUCGGGAAACUUGGGUGGCGGCUUGGCCUGCAGGCGAUUACUGGCAUAUUGGUGCUAGCGUUUUUUCUUAGUGCUGUAUACCGAAGUGCAUCUCUGUACCACCCACAACGCAGAGCUAUUUUACAUUUGAAAAACCAAAGAAGAAAGGUAAAGGAGAAGAAAGGAAUGCGGAGGUCAGCGCCGCUGAUCGAUCUAAGCCCCCUUAACUCCCGGCCGGCUAAAGUUUUGUUGUUGGCGGCUGGAGUGGCCGCGUUCGGACUUUACACUCCAGUAUUUUUUUUGGCCCUACAAGGUUUCCAAGAAGGUCUGGAGGAGAGCGCACUAGUGCUUCUGCAGACAUUCCUGGGCUUCGCAGCUGUGCUAGGGUGCGCUGGCUUCGGGCUCGUGCUGGUGCGCCCCUCGGCUCAGUGCCUCGUCUCCAAGCAGUACCUGUGUCAGACUGCUAUGCUGGGAAUAGGCAUAUCAAUGCUGGCUCUAAGCAGCGUGGAGGGCUACCACGGAUACGUGUUGUUCGCCUGGAUGUACGGACUAUGUUUAGGUGGUUUUCUCUACUCUAUGAAAAUGCUCACGAUGGAGCGCGUCAGGGGACGUCACUUCGCCAAAGUUUGGGGUUUCGUCCAAGGCGCAGAAGCUCUUCCUGUGAUAGUUGGUGUGCCGGUGACGGGCUACAUCAACCAGCAGGCGCCGCGCGCCGGCUUCUACUUCUCGACGGCGGCCACGCUCGCGGGCGCGCUGCUGCUCUUCUUCGUGGGCUUCUCCAAGCGCGACCCGGAGCCGCCGCCGGCGCCCGCGCCCACCGUGGCCGAGGCGUGCCCGUGCGUCACGCCGCCGCGCUGCGAGCCGGCGUGGUGCGCGUGCGGCGCGGGCGGCGCCACGGCCUACUGCGCCUGGCCCGGGCCCUCCUGCAGCGCGCGCCUGCCCAAGUCCCUCUCCUACGCCGCGCCUUUAGACCGCGUCUGCUGCUCAGCUGCCGCCUACCCCGAGUGCUGCCGGCGCGCGCCGCCGCUGCGGCCCUCGCGCAGCGUCCCCGAGGGGCUCGCCCGCCGCGGCAGCACGUGGAACCGCGGCGGCUCCUACCGCGCCUCCUGCCGCUGCCGCCGGCGCGAGCACCACCUCAUAGAGCAGAUCACUACGUCGGUAUGACCGGUCGCUCGUUGAGUCGGAUGCGAUUAGUGAGAACUUGUAAAUAUUUAUUCUUUGUAGCUAAAAGUCAAACUGAUAGUGGUUAGGAUAAAGCAAUAACGGGAUUGAUUGUAAACUUGGAAGCAGUGCGAGUAAUUUAUUUGUCGACAUUUAGAUGUUAAGUUCAGCCAUGCUCAGAGGAGCACGUUUUAUUCCUGAUUCAAUCAAAGUUCAUUUUAAUAAAAAAGAAACAAUAACAACUUCAACUUUUGAUCGUUCUUAAGCUAUACAAGAUAUUUAUAAAAUUAUUAAUAUACCUUUUACUGAGUCUUGGAGUACUUGUGGGACCUCUAUCUUUAUGUAGCUCAUACGAAAAUAAUGUAAUGAAUACUCAUGUUUCAUCGAAUUUUAAUAUUUAAUCUAUGAUAUUCUAAUAUCACUUGAUAUUUUGACCCUAUUCCUUUCCUGUCCACGGCUAGCUAGAGCGGAUAGAUACAGGUAAAUUAGCCAGAGUUUCAAUCGUAUUUCUCACCAUUUAUACACAAAACACAAAAACACUAUAAUUACUGGAAUUCAAAAAAUAAAAACCAAUCAACCUGUUUAAAUAAGCUGCUGCAAAUAUUUCAGCGCAAAAUUGAAGUCUACACUCAUAUUGCACUUUUUGAUAUAAAGUUCAGUAAAUAUUAUUUCGCUUCAGCGUGUCCAACCAGCAAUAUUUCCCAACGGUUAGUUUCCUGAAAUUCUAAAAGAGUAAUUUUCUUUUAGUUCUCCUAUGUAAGUGAAUGAAAGUGGUGAGGAUGUUUUAACGCUUGCUGAUUUACCUCUAGGAGUAAGCAAAUGGAUAUAUAUCAAUAGAACUUUUAACAUGAAACGCGAACAAAGUCAAUUUUAGUCAUUCAUGAAACAAAAUUAUUGACACGCGGUCGGAAUAAUGUGUUAGAAUAUGUUUUAGGAACAUUUCUUUUUCGUUAUUGUUAGUUAAAAUAUUUUAUUGAUCGUUAAUCAUAGAGUGUAUUUGAUCGUUUAUUAUUUGUGCUGUUACGAGGAUUGUUAUGUUUUUGUACCAAAGCGUGUUUUACAAUUUUGGUGGUGAAUAGAAAAGAUAUUAAAGAAAUUAGCAAAA